CCCCAGCUGCCCUGGUCAGUAGCACCCUCAGGCACACUACAGAAGCUCCCUGUGUCUAUGGGGCCUUCUCAGCUUGUCCAUGCCCCUAGGCCCCGGGGCUUAAGUUCCCCCUACCGCAGGCCAGGGAUGGGCUGGCCUCGGCCUCGAUUUCCCAAGAUGUUCAAGUGUAGCCGCAGAAGGUAUCGGCAGAAACCCCGAGGCCCAACUCCCACCACUGCAGCCACCAAUUUUGCCACCAUGGCCACAGGUAUCAACAACACUCACACCGUCACCACCACCAGUGUGUGGAUCCUUCCACCGCAAGUUCUCAGACACCUCUGUCAACCUGGCAGCUUUCUGAUCUUCUAGAAAUGUCCAGAAACUAGUCCAGAAGCUUGGCUGGCUCCGGACCUGCAUCUCCUAGGGGCCCUGGGUGGUUAACAGCAGAUCAAUACAAUCAUUUCUGCUCCAAC